AUGAGCCAGCUCGCGGCCAAAACUGUUUAUUUUUACAGCCCCGCGUCGCGCUCAGCGCGGCCUGCCCCGGACCAGACCUCCGGGGGCCCCAACAUUGCUGAAAAUGAGCUGAGUGUGAAGGAAGAAAACGGCGUGAGCGGGCCGAGAACCUGGAUCCCCGGGGACGCAGCCUCUGGGGCCGGACUCCGCCUCCCAGCCCGGGGCGUCUCGGGGAGGGGCCCGCCUCCGUCUGUGGGUCCCGGUGGGGAGUCGCUGUCAUUAUUCCCGGGACGCAAGUGCUCCUGUGUCGGGUUCUCCCGUUCGAAUUCCCGCGUGGACUCCCGGGCGGGGCCCGCCGCGGUCGCGGGGCCGCAGCCACCCCAGCCCUCCUCCCGCCACGUCCCCCAGGAAGCGCCGCUCGGGGCCUCCGUGGACGGGGACCCGCCGUCCUGGGGACAGACGCAGGCGCGGGCCGCGAGCCCCGGGGCACGCCCACCGGCCAGAGAGCCAAUCGGAGCACGGGAGGCCCGGAGGCCGCCGCCCAGCGACCACUCAGGGCCCGCCGCACGCGCUGCCUGCUCUUCCACUGGCCGAGCGCCCGCCCGCGGCCGGCCGCGUCGUACCAGGCGCUGCUCGGCGGUAGGGAGUGCCCGGGGCAGCGGAGCCCGCCGCCCAGAGCCAGAGGGGUGGUGGUCGCCGCGGGGCGGGAGCCCGACAGCCGUCGCCAGGACGGAGCCAUGUUCGGUUUCGACGCCAAAGACGGCUUUCCGGAGCCGGCCACGCCGCCGGGACACGGGCUGCCCUUGCCGCCCCAAGAGGUACCAGCGAGAUGUGCUGAAUUUCCUGCGCUCAGGGGACCUGCCGCCCAGGGAGCGUGUUCGGGCUGUGUACAAAGAGGCCCAGUACUAUGCCAUCGGGCCCCUCCUGGAGCAGCUGGGGAACAUGCAGCCUCUGAAGGGCGAGAAGGUGCGCCAGGCGUUUCUGGGACUCAUGCCCUAUUACAAAGACCACUUGGAGCGGAUUGUGGAGAUUGCCCGGCUGCGUGCGGUCCAGCGGAAGGCCCGCUUUGCCAAGCUCAAGGUCUGUGUCUUCAAGGAGGAGAUGCCCAUCACCCCCUACGAGUGUCCCCUCCUCAAUUCCCUGCGCUUUGAGCGGAGUGAGAGUGACGGGCAGCUCUUUGAGCACCACUGUGAAGUGGACGUGUCUUUCGGGCCCUGGGAGGCUGUGGCUGAUGUUUAUGACCUGCUCCACUGCCUGGUCACGGACCUCUCAGCCCAGGGCCUCACCGUAGACCACCAGUGCAUCGGGGUGUGUGACAAGCACCUCGUGAACCACUACUACUGCAAGCGCCCCAUCUAUGAGUUCAAGAUCACAUGGUGGGCCGUCUUCUCACAGGGCUGGAAUGCAAAUUUCAAAGGCUUCUUUUGAAGAUUCCCUAAGUCAAGCAGACA